GUCCCCUCCGCCAUCGUCCCUUCCCUCCUACCCCGAGGGGAGGAAAAGGGGACGGGGGUCUCCCCCAAAACCGCCCCUUCUCCUCCGUCCUGCUUGAGGGGGGGAACCCGGGCACCCAACGCCGCCGCGGAGCCCGGCCCCGUCUUCCGACGAGGCGCUGGCAGGAAACCGGGGCGAGUCGAGACCAGCCCAGCGCGGGCACGAGCGGGACCCGGUGCGCGCCCCACCGCCCCCGCACGCACCCGACACCAGCCCCAGGCGGAGGCGCCGGGGCGGCCAUGGAGGCGGCGGUGCCGGCGGAGGAGGCGUUGGUGCUGGUGGAGUACGGCUUCGAGUACCGGGCCAAGGACGGGACCUUGGUCUCCAUCAAGCCCAACGAGCGCUACGUCCUCCUGAAACGCACCAACCACCACUGGUGGCACGUCAAGAGGAGCGGGGACGCACGGCCCUUCUACAUCCCUGCCCAGUACGUCAAGGAGCUGCCCCCCAUCGCCACCCCGGCCCCCCUGGACCCCCUGCCACCAGCGGGGCAGGCCAGGACGGAGCCGGCCACGCUCGUCCCUCCGCUGCCACCCACCUACGAGUAUCGGUUUGUUGGGACAGAGGAGCCGGAUGGAGGAUGCUCCGUGCCCAGGAGGGACUCGGUGACCAGAAGGGACCCGGUGCCACAGAAGGACUUGGUGACC